AUGACCUCAAGUGUUCCUAUUGCCAACAAUAACAACUCCACCACUUCGGCGCCUGUUGAGGGUAACGCCCUUGAAUCUAGUAGUGAUGUUUUUCUGUACUUAGACAUGACUAAUGUGUCAGAGACGCUCCAUUGUCCCCAGCGGAAAACUCCUCCCCAUGCGAUAUCAUUUUCCAGAGAUGACCUAUUAAAAAUCAAGGAGUCAAAAAAAUCCCAGCAGGAACUCGACGAGAAAUUCAUUCUAACUAACUCAAAGGUUCUUUUCAAAAUUUUGAAACCAGAAUGCAAAGUGUUGGAGCGACAAUCAAAAUCGCAUGAUCAUAAUGGUAUCAUUCUUGGUCCGCAAAAACGUUCUUGGAAUGCCGGUUGCCACGUGUCGCAGACCAAACGUUCAUCACAAGAUUCUUCCUUUUGCAAAGGACAGAGAAGUUUUCAGGAAAAUAGAUUUUUCCGCGGUGAUUUUAAACGCGACUUUAAAGGAUCUGAACGGAAUCCUGGUCGGUCUAAUACCACUAGUGGUUCCGGAUUUACUCGUGGUGCUGCGUAUGAAAAGGAAAGUGCCACCCCUAAGACUCACCCACUUGAGUCCCUUAAAGAAAUCGAGAAGGAACCAGAGUGGUUUACUGAAGGCCCUGAAACCAUAAACGAUACUGUUGAACUUGGUUUGGUUAUCGAGGACGGCGAUAUCAAAACUGAUAAACCACCAGAAGAUAGGGAGCCUGAUGGUUCUCAGCUGAAUCCUUCCGAAGUUGACAGCGCAAUUCUGUCUCUGGACAGGGACAAUCUCCCAUCGCACUUGUCCACAAUUUCUCCAAACUUGAACGAAGCGGAUUUCUUGAAGUUUCUUGAUCUUCCUAAGAAUGACAGUGUUGGCAGUCAACUUAGCCAUUUUCUUGCAGGGCCGAAUUCGAAUGCUUCAACUGCAAGUACAAUCUCUGGAAACCACGUAUCUGAUAAAUCAUCCUCUAGAUUGCUUAAACUCAUUGCAAGCUCAAACGAUGUACCAGUCCCACGGGAUCAAACCCCUCUCGUUCCAUCGUCUCAGCCAUCGACGGCGGAGCUCGAAUCGGUUUUAAGGGCUUUGGUUAUAGGAAAUUCAACUACUUCUUUUAAAUCACUGGAAGUUCCUAACGUAUCCUCGAAGUCAUCUCUUUUGACUUACGUUCCGACCGUGGAGGAGAUUGAGGCUGCUGCAUUCUAUGAGAAUGGUAGAAUUGCCCCCAAACCUGCGCUAACGCAGUCUGUCUUGCUUGAUCAAUUAAUGCCUCCGUGGAGUCUUAAGCAACAGUCCCGGCCCGUAUCUUCCAGUUUUGGUGAUUUCAUGUACCCUGCUCCUUCUGGUCGUGAUUUACUAGAGCAACGGGAGAGUUCGCUUUCGGAUACUGGAUCACCACUUCCACCUGGUUUGGAAAUUCAUCCAGAGCGAAAAGUGACCAAUUGGAACGGGCCAUUUUUCCGCGACACGUUGAUUGGUCCCUCUGGUGGUCCUUCCUCAUCGCCGAGGGGACCCACCCAAUUUCUUAACCGUCAAGUAAACGCAUCCUUGAGGCUACUACCGAACGACCCAGCCAUCGCUUUUCAGUACACUCAGCGCAGACCCCUUGUCAAGGGUCUCUCCGUAGUGGACCCCACGAUGUCCCAAAGCCAACAGAGGUCAUAUCCCAUUCAUCAGUCACCCUACUUUUCACCCAAUUUCCAUCCUGGAAUGCCAGCAUCGGCCUUUCAUUCGAGUCCAAGCAUGGAGGCUACCCUAUUACAGUUAAAAGGCUCCGCCGUUGCCCACCAAAAUCCCAUUACCCCGCCCAACUCCCUUUUCGCAUCAAAUGCAACAAUCGGCGGUGGCAGCGGCAACCGUCUUGAGCAACUUCUCCUCUCUGCAUCGGCUGCGGCAGCCUCCACUAUGUCUCCCAACGCUCUCUACCCCCAGCCCAGGCUGAGACAGAAUGGCUCCGCACCAAAUCUCCUACCACCGACAUGGCAGGCGGCCGCCGCGUCACCACCCUCUGCGGUUGACUUACUCCGAUCUAGCGUUGCUGGGGUCAGUGGCAUUAAUGGCCCCCUUCCUUCUCCUGGUUUGGAGUUGGCAAAUCUAUACAGAAAGGGCUCUUAG